AACUUUCCUUCUCUUUUAUGCUUUUUUUUUUCUUUCUUUUGCUUUUUGAAUACACUGAGAAGGGUUUACAUAAACCCUUGUUUCUUCUUCGUUUCGGCGUUCAUCAACAAUGUCGUCCAAAGGCCCCGGUCUCUUCUCCGAUAUCGGAAAAUUAUCCAGAGAUAUCCUUACCAAGGAUUACAACUCCGAUCAGCGAUUCACAAUCUCCUCCUCCACCAACUCCGGCAUCGAUUUGAAUUCAACGUUAUUGAAGAGUAGAGGACUUUCCUCUGGUGAUGUUGCUGCUCAAAUUAACAACAAAAACAAUACUCUCCUUUUCAAAGUUGAUACUGAAUCAAGUGUGUUGACGACAUUUACUCUCACAGAUUUCGUGCCUUCUGCGAAAGCCGUUGCUUCUAUUCGAUUACCUGAUUACAAAUCCGGAAAGAUUGAGAUUCAAUAUCUUCAUGAUCAUGCUGGUUUUACUACUUCUGUUGAUUUAAAUUGCAACCCUGCUAUUGAUUUUUCUGCGACAAUUGGUACUCCUGGGAUUGCAUUUGGUGCGGAAACUAGCUACUCCACGAGUGUUGGGAAGUUUACAAAGUAUAAUGCUGGAUUGUGUUUGAAGAUGCCGAGUUCGCAUGCUUCUGUCAUUUUAGCUGACAAGGGAGACUCCAUGAAGGUAUCAUACUUGCGCGACCUGGAAAAAUUGAAUGGGGGAGCGGUUGUGGGAGAAAUUAGCAGAAAGUUUUCUACGAAUGAGAACACAUUGACAGUUGGAUGUUCUUAUGUGGUUGAUCCUCGAACAACGGUGAAGACAAAGCUGAAUAACCAUGGUAAUCUUGGGGCGUUAUUGCGGCAUGAGCUUACACAUAGGUCAUUCUUGACAAUCUCUGGCGCCUUUGAAACAAAGGCAUUGGAAAAUAGUCCUAAGUUUGGUUUCUCCCUUCUGCUCAAGCCUUAAAGGGAUUUAUUAUAGAUAGGGACUAUUUGCUAAGUUAUAAUGUCUCAUAUUCCUUCAAUCAAAUUGAUUGCAAGGAGAAAAGUUUAGGAAGUUUGUAGUAUCAAUUGUUGGAUUCAUGAUUAUUUUUGUCCCUUUUUCUUCAAAAGACUGAUUGGUUGGAUGAUGUAAACUAUUGAUAAUAUCCUCUCAUUGCAAACUAGUUGGGGAAAGAAAUUUAUGCAACUACUCCAUAUUUUUUGGAAUUAUUAGUAUUCUUUGUACUUUAUGAAUUUUGUAUUCAAUAUAUUGACAGAUUUAUUGCU